AUGAUCCACAAGGUCAAUCACCAUAGCAACAACGACGAAGAUCUCGUUCAAUACAAUCAAGUCGAGGAGGCCGCUGCCAACAUCCCCCGAUUCGCUACUGAAGAGGAAAUCCUGGCUUCGUUUGGCUACAAGCAGGAGAUGAACAAGACCAUGUCUACCAUCUCCAAUUUCUCAAUUGCAUUUGGCUGCUGCUCUAUUCUGUCUGGUCUGACUCCCAUGUGGGGUGAUGCCAUGAUGUCUGGCGGAUCCAUUGCCAUCAUCUGGGGCUGGAUCUUGGUCUCUGUCUUCACAUUUGGUGUAGGCUUGUCUCUCGCUGAGAUCUGCUCUGCGUAUCCUGUUACUGGUGGCCUCUACAUUUGGGUUUCUCGUCUCGCUCCUCCUGAAUGGGUGCCUAUCAUGUGCUGGUUGACAGGCUGGUGUAACUGGCUUGGUCUGACUGUCGCCAUCACCUCUGCCGAUCUUGGCCUGGCUCAGUUCAUGUCCUCUGUGAUUGGUAUCACCAACCCUGAUUACGAUGCUGGUAUUUACUGGCAGUACGGCAUCUUUCUGGUCAUCUUGUUUGUGCAUGGUGUCAUCAACUCCAUGCAUGUCAAGUACAAUGGUUUCUUCAACCAAACCUCCUUGUACUGGCAUCUGGUUGGCACGCUGCUUAUUAUCAUUGUCGCUCUCGUAUUGACGCCUAAUAAGCCAAGUGCCAAAUUUGUUUUCACUCAAUUCGAAAACCUCACUGGAUUCUCCUCGAAUUCUUAUGCAUUUUUGAUCGGUCUUUUACAAUCUCAAUAUACCCUCUCUGGUUUUGACAGUGCUGCUCAUAUGUCUGAAGAGACCCGCGAUGCUGCUCGCAGUGCUCCCCGUGGUAUUCUCUACGCUAUCGGUGCUGCUGCCAUCACUGGUUUUGUUUUUAUGCUCUCUGUGAACUUCUGUGUCCAAGACUUCCAACGCCAAAUUGUGGAGACAACCAUGAGUCCUCAAAUGACUCAAGUAUUUUUGGACGGUGUUGGCUAUAGAUGGACCGUGGUUUUCACUGUAAUCAUCAUGGGCGCCAUGUUCUUUUCUGGUUCUGCUCUGACGCUGGGUAGUUCCCGCAUGAUCUAUGCCUUUGCUCGUGAUGGUGCUACUCCAUUCAGUCGCUGGUUGAGUGUCAUUAACAAGUCUACUCAAACACCUGUGUAUGCUGUGUGGGCUAAUAUCAUAUUUGCUGCUGUUGUUGGUCUGCUCUACAUUGUUAAUGAAACAGCCUUCAAUGCCAUUGUAUCUAUUAACACUAUUGCUUCAUCUCUUGCCUAUUUUAUUCCCAUUGCUCUUCGUUUGACUGUAGCUCGCAAAACCUUUAAGCGCGGUCCCUUCCAUCUUGGUCCCUUUUCUGAUGUUGUCAACUUUAUUAGCUGUUUCUGGAUCCUCUUUACAUCUAUUCUUUUUGUGUGUCCUACGCAGUAUCCUGUCACUGCUGAUAACAUGAACUAUGCUUCUGUUAUCUUUGUGUUUGUCAUGCUUUGGUCUGUCAGUUACUACUACUUCCGCGCUCGCAAAUGGUUCACUGGUCCAGGAAAGAGCCUUGAAGAUGAUCCUCAAUUGAAUCCGGUUACAUUUGAUGACUCUUUCGAAUCGGUGACAUUUGAUCCUGGAAGGAAAGACGACUUGUUGGAUUCUUACGAUUUUAAGAAGGGAUCGUCAGCUCAGUGA